AUGGAGCCUCUGGAAUCAGUGACGUUUGAAGAUGUAGCGAUCAACUUCACCCAGGAAGAGUGGGCCCUGCUGGACACAUCCCAGAAAACCCUGUUCAGAAACGUGAUGCUGGAAAAUAUCACCCACCUGGUCUCCAUAGGGUAUCAGAUCAGCAAAUCAGAUGUGAUUUCCCAGCUCGAACAAGGAAAAGAGCUGUGGAGUGAAGCAACAGGAUGUCUUCAAGGCCAGAGCCCAGGGAGGAAACGUAAUGUCAGCAAACAGUGUGGAAAUUCACUUAGUCAAGGGUCAUUCCUUGACGGACAGGAUCACAUUCACACUAGAGGUAAAUCAUGUGAAUGUCCUCUCUGUGGGAAAGCCUUUAUUAAUUCCUCUUGUCUCAGACGACACAAGAUGAUUCAUACUGGAGAGAAACCAUAUAAAUGUCAUCUCUGUGGACGUGGCUUUCUGCAAAGUUCUGACCUUAGAAAUCACAAACGGAUCCACACUGGAGAGAAACCAUAUAAAUGUCAUGUGUGUGGGAAAGUCUUCAGUCAAAGUUCCUACCUGAAAGAACAUGAGAAAACUCACACAGGAGAGAAGCCAUAUAAAUGCCAGAAGCACUAUGAAUGUCAUCAGUGUGGGAAAGCCUUUAGUCAGAGCUCUGGACUUAGUCAGCACAAGAGAAUCCACACUGGAGAGAAACCACACAUAUGUCUUCUGUGUGGGAAGGCCUUCAGUCACAGUUCUGAACUGACUCGGCACAAAAGGAUCCACACAGGAGAGAAACCCUAUAAAUGUCAGCAGUGUGGGAAUGUUUUCAGUCAAUAUGCAAACCUGAGAAGACAUGAGAGAACCCACGUUGGAGAGCAGCCCUAUGAAUGUCAGUGGUGUGGGAAAUGCUUCAGUCACGGCUCUUCACUUAGACGACAUGAGGGAACUCAGCACUGGAGAGAAAGUCAGGAGGGCCCUCAGUAG